AUGGAUUUUCAUUUGGUAAAGCGUCCUUACGCUUGUUCCUUUCCAGGAUGUUCUUAUCGAGGCAAAACUAAAUCCCAGAUAACCCAGCACAAAGCCACCCAUGGAUUAGGUUAUGUUUACGCAUGUGAUUUCUGUGAUUAUCGAGCUACUACCUCGACUAAUUUACGUCGUCAUUCACGACUUCAUUUUGAUACGAGGCCAUAUCGUUGUCCACACUGUUCACAUACUUUCGUAGAGCUCUCUGCACUACGUCGCCAUGUGCUCGAUUCCGCUUACCACCCUGGUCUCCCUCUUUAUGUAUGCCCUUGGUGCACUAACUCUUCGUCAAAUUCCAAUAAGGUUGUCACCAAUGCUAAUCCAUCAUCCUCCCUAAUUAUCGAUUCUCCAAUCUCAAAAAAGAUCUCUUCUAAAAAGCAGACAGUUCAAGAUAUUUGCGGAUUUAACUCAUCAAGUCUUGCCUGGAAACAUGUCGUUCAAGCACACGCGGCUGAGUUGUCAGAUCCGGAAACACUUCGACGAAUGGGGAGAAAAUCUGGUGAAACCCUGAUUGAGCAUGAUGUAUCACUCAUAUUCGGUCUAUACUAUCCCAACGAGGACGGCAAAUUUCGACCCUCCUCUGCUGUACGGAUGUUGAAUGGCCCAGCGCCGCCCUAUCAGCGAAUCAAUGCCUCCCAUCGAAAGCGUUCAGAAAAUAACUCAACACAUUCGACCCUCACUAUCAGCAAUAACUUCCUUACGGAGGAUGGAAGUGGCGAGGAUGGUGGUGGUGGUGGGGAGACGCUUAAAUUCGCUGAAGUUCAGGAUCUGGUGACUCUUGCUGGGGGGUUUGUGUGGUCGUCAGCUGCUUUCCAGUCUGGUUUGGUUAGAGCCACAAGUCAACAAUCGUCGCGAAAUCCUCAACAUUAA